AUGGAUUCCCACUCGAGUGCGACCGCAGACAUUGCGGCAGCCGUCCGCAGGUUCCAUGAGCUCAAGAAGCCUUUUCGCAUCUACCAUGGCUCGACAAGCAGUACACGCCAACGACGUACCGAUCACUCCAAUGUUGUUGAUAUUUCAGGUCUCAACAAUAUCCUCUCCAUCGACGAAUCUCGAAUGACAGUCCUCGUGGAGCCCAACGUCCCAAUGGAUACACUGGCCCGACACACCCUAAAGCACAAUCUGAUACCUCUUGUUGUCAUGGAGUUCCGUGGAAUUACCGCCGGUGGGGGGUUUUCCGGGACAUCUGGAGAAUCCAGCUCGUUCAAGUACGGGUUCUUCGAUCGAACGGUGAAUUUCAUCGAGAUAAUCCUGGGCAACGGUGAGCGAGUGACCGCCUCCCGCACCGAAGAGCCCGAUCUCUUCUGGGGCGCCGCCAGCAGCUUUGGCACAAUGGGUGUGGUGACUCUGCUUGAGAUCCAGUUGCGUUAUGUCGGGCCGAAUCCGCACCUGGAGCUGGAGUAUUUGUUUACUAAUAGCAUGGAGGAAGCACUUGCCAAGAUGCAAGACUCUGUGUUGGAUCCUAACUUGGAAUAUCUCGAUGGAAUUGUGUUCAGCAAGGAGGAAAUCCUCAUCUGCAAGGGCCGUAUUGCACAGAACAAGGGCAGCGACUAUCCUACUCACCGAUUUACACGUCCGGAGGAUGAGUGGUUUUACAUCCAUGCGCAGAGUCGCAUGCAGGAAGCAAAGCUGUCUGAGAAAGCGAUCGUCGACUAUAUCCCGCUGGAAGACUACCUUUUCCGAUACGAUCGAGGCGCGUUCUGGGGCGGGAAGUACUCGUACGAGUACUUCUUCGUCCCAUUCACCCGGUGGACUCGCUGGCUCUUCGACACCUGUAUGGGCACCCGCAUGAUGUACCACGCCCUCCAUGAGAGUGGUUUGGCCAAUCAAUAUAUCGUCCAGGAUGUGGGCAUUCCUUAUGGCAAGGCGAGUGAGUUUGUGGACUGGCUGGAUUCUAAGGAAACAUUUGGCCAUUACCCUCUGUGGCUCUGUCCGCUCCGCGUACAGUCGGCAGGUGAAGGAGGAGGCCUACUAACAGCAAAACGGGACACCGCGACAAGGGACACCAGUGAUACUGUUGGCGAAGACUUUCUAAUGAACUUUGGCAUUUGGGGGCCUGGACCAACCGACCGUCGGCGGUUCAUCGAUCGCAAUCGCCGGCUGGAGCAGAAGGUCCAUUCGCUCGGCGGGAAAAAGUGGUUGUACGCACACACGUAUUAUACCGAAGAGGAGUUCUGGUCGAUCUACGAUCGCAAGUCAUAUGAUGCCCUCAGAGGGAGAUACCAUGCUGAUAAUCUCCCUUCCUUGUAUGAGAAGGUGCGUGUGGAGCUGGAGAACCCGUCCGCUUCCUGGUCAGACUGGUUCUGGAGUAUCAGGCCUUUCGCGGGGUGGUAUGGAGCAUGGAAGGCCGUUUCCGGAGGAGAUUACCUGAUGAGAAGUAGUUAA